CAUGACCGAUACGAGCGAUGCUGCCGCGCGGAUUCAACGCCUGCGCACUGAGCUAGACGAAGUGAACAGCAUUCUGCGUGCCAAGGAGUCUGACUUGAUUCUGUCUGCGCAGCUUGGGCAGGCGCUGCUGGAGAGCAACAACCAGCUCACCGCCCAGCACGACCAGGCCGUUUCAGAGCUGUCGUCCCGCAUCGCGGGGCUCGAGAACGCCAACCACCAGCUUCAAGUGCAGCUGGAAGCUUCGAGCCGAGGGCUGGCCAACGCUCGACGCGACCUGGACCGCGAAUCCGUGGUCGCCCGCGAGGAGCUUGAAACAGAGCGACAAGAGCUUCAGCAACGCGAGCGGCGCCAGGCUCAAGUCGUCCAGGACCUGACGACCCAGCUGGAACUGGCCCAGGCCGACACGGAGGAGCAGCGGGCUGCGUUUGCAAAGCUCCAGGCGGCGCACGAGCAGCAGGGAUUGGCGCUGAUUCGCACAGAGUCGGCGGUUCGAAAUGCUGAGCUCGCCCGAAAGCGCAUGCGAAGCAAGUGGUUGCGCCUGGCGACCGACCCGACUCGAGAUUCAGAGCAGUCGCCGCCGAGUGCGCGGGGCAGCGCGUCGAAGGAUGCAGCAGACGCAGACGCUGAGGACCAAGUCCACGACGAGAACAACAACAACGAGAAUGAACCGGACGACGACGCGGAUGACUUUGCCAUUCAGCGUGUGUACGAGCUGGAAGAGGCCCUCCUCAAGACCAAGGUGCUCAGCGAAGAGCGACAGUCGCGCAUCCAGUCGCUGGAGACGACAGUUGCGACUCAACUGUCCGAGUCCAAGCACUUGAAGGCCAAGAUUGGCGGACUGAUGGGAGCCGCCCAAGAGCACGAAGCGCAAAUCAUUUCGCUGACCAAUACGAUCGAGUCCCAGCGUCAGCGAGUUGAAGAUCUCGAGUUGGAGUGCUCUCUUGAAGCCGACCGGCGCGCUGGCAAAAUGCAGACCGGAAGGUCGGUAUUUAGCGAUGUCGAAGACCGCCGUGCCGAGCUGGAGCGUCAGCUCGCAUCCACCACAAGCACCCUCAGACAGCUCGCCAAGAGCUUUGAUCUCGCUCGCCUGCAGAAUCAAAAGUUGAACGCGCAGCUGAACAACAUGCUCCAGAUGCAAGGCAGCAAGGCGGAUCAAGCGAAAAUGACGCGCCUCGAGCAAGACAACGCGCAGCUCCAGAGCGAAACGCGCCAGCUCUGCCUGCAAAUCGAGCUCUUGGAGGACGAUAAGAAGCACAUCCAGUCCCAACUGGUGAAAGCUAGGGCAGUCAUGGGCACUGGCUCCUCCUCCGCCAGUUCCGGAUCCAAGUCGUCGUCGUCGUCGGGCCGUGUCAUUGGAGAGUUUGGUGCCGGAGGCCUCUCUGCAGAGCACAGUGCCUACAUUGAGUACCUGGAGACCGAGGCGGAAACGGCUCGAGCGGCCCUCGCGACCAGCAAGAAGGAGCUCCGCACUCGCCAAAUGCUCCAACUGAACGACAUCAACCGGGUGCGCGAUCUCGAGACGCAGAGCUAUCGCCAAGCAACUCAAAUCGAAGAGCUCCGCAAAGAAAACGUGCAGCUUAAAAUCAAGCUGGAUGAGACGCUUUUGAUGCAGCAGGUGGAGUCGUCGACAAACGGCAUUGAGCCGCAGCAAUCGCAGCAAUCGCAGCAGCCGCAGCAAUCGCAGCAACUCCAGCAGCCCCAAUCACGCCCGCACGAAGCACUUCCAUCAAAGGAGGCGGCUGAUACACAAGCUCCAUCGCCACCCACGGUUCAAUCCAAGACUUGCCCCAUUCCUGACUUGGAGAGCGAGAAUUUGAACGCUCCGCAGCUCGUCCAGGCAUCUAAUCCCCCAAAUGCAACUGCAAAGAAGAGCAUUGCGAGAGCAGAAGAGCCUUCAGCACGAGUGAUUAACAUUAAGCAGGCCAAUGUCCAAACCGAGCCUGCUUGCGUUCAGCAGUAACAAGUAGCUGUUCACUGAAUUUCGCAUCAUUACGCAAAUUUUUUGCUGUUGUUGCUGUUGUUGUUGUCAUUGGGUACUACUGAUGUCUCGGUCCAAUACAAACUAUUGUAC